CCAUCCGUUCGGGAGUUAUUGACGAAAAAUGAAAUUUCUUGUCAAAAGCGAAAGUUCUUGGCUCCAAUAUUACUGCACCAGAGAGAAAAAUGGGUUCGCAGCCGUGAACGCUAGAUGGCACCACAAGCAACUCCAAAUUCAUUUUAACCUAUGUUUUAAAAUGUUAAUUAACCUAAUAAUUGAUUAAAUAAUAAGUAAAUGAUACAAUGAACGAAUAACGUUUAUUAUUUUUUAAAGUUCAGGAUUUCAGAAUUUAUCUCUUGUUGCACUUUUACUGUAAAAUAACCUAAACGAGAACUCUCGUUACUUUAGUUCCCGUCUAUUCCACUAGAAAGGAACGGAACAGAUGACACAUGUAAAUCUGUUUUAGAGUGGAAUUGUUUUCGUAAUCAGUAAUGACAGUAAUCACGACGAUGUCGAGAGAAUUGUUAAAAACUCUCGUCAACAAUGAUAAAGAAAACGUGUGGACAAUAACGAAAUGAUGAAAAUCGCUGGAACUCGUGACAGGAGAUCGAAUAUCAUAUUUCAUCUGUCAGCUCGUCUGGCAAAAUCAGCUGUGCUCUGAUAUACACAUUUCGUUCACUAAUCGAUUAAAAGCAGUAACAAUGAUAGAAUCAUCGGCGUGGAACUCGAAAAAGGACGAGGCCGUGUACAAAGCGGCGGGUUCGAUACAUUUACGAAAGUAUGGACAGUUUUUCGAAGAUCUGGCGGAGAAGACGUGGAAGAGGCAUUCCACGUUGGAGUAUUUUAUGGAGGGUCCUCUUCGGCUCGUUUCCAAACCCGUCGAGGACAUCAGUCUGAUAAACCUGAUCGAGAUGGAAAACAAGUUCCUGUCCAAGUUGCUGGCUGCUGUCGCUGCGACUUGCAGGGAGGUCAGACUCCUCGGUAUAGAAGCUAAGACUCAUUACAAAAAAUUGUUCACCCACGGGGAGAGAGGAGCGGAGAACGAUCAGAGCGAUAUCACGUCUCUCUUAUCAGACUUGCAAGAUCUGUCCGUCUUCGUGAACAGAUUAUGGACCGUGGUGCGUCUGACCACGGAACAACUGUCUAGUCUGUCCAGCGAUUCAAACGACGUUUAUUUGCCUGUGCUUAUCGAGCACUUAAUCGAUUUGUUUGUAAUCGUCCUGACGCUGGACGAAAUCGUGGAGUCGCAACCUUCCCUGUUAGAGCAAUGGAAGAAGUACAGAAUGAACGUACGCUCAAUCAUGCACAACCCUUCGCAAUUUGGCAUAAGCGAAUCCAAGCUGCACACCUUUGAUAAAUUGCUAAGAGAUUUGCAGGAACAUUUAUUGAAAAAGGUUCUGUUCCCGAAGACUGUCGAGCGCGUGAUGGACGUGAACAAGGGACCGAUAAUGAGCGAACAGAUUACCAAUUAUUUAAAGAACUUGAUCAUGGAUAUGGAGAACAAACCGAACGAUUACGUUUCGUUGAACAAGCAUUGGAUAAGGAUAAACGUGGGAGUCGUGGUGGUAUCGAAAUUAUUUGGAACCUGUGACAAGAGACUGAUCAAGAGGGUGCUCGAGAACAAUAGAAAGUUUUACGCUGUUAGUCUAAUUGGGAACGUUAUCUGGAUACCGAGUAAAUUCCUCAGUGAUUUUCUACCGAAGGAAGCUGGGAACCCCGUUAACCAACAGGUGGGAGAAAAGAUCCUCUCCACCAGGAUACAGAGGCUUCCCCAGGUUGUGAACACUCUGGUUCACAAGGUCGUGAACUGGUGCAUUGAGAUGCAGAAUGUCCUAACGCGGACGAGCCUCCAGGUCUCGGACAUUGGACAGAAACAGACUCUGUUAGUCGAUCUGGUCGCUCGACUGUCUCAGAUCAAAGAAAUCGUAUCCUUCGUAAUAAAUAUGCACGCGACCCUUAUCAAACCGAUGAACCGUAACACCGUUCAAUUGAUCUGUAGACUAAUUGAAGUGCAGAAGUCUUUGGAGACUAUGUUUUAUAUUCUAGGACCGGUCGUGGUGCAAUCGCAGAGUCAGGUUUUGCAGUAUUUGAGUUAUUACAUCUUGCUCACAUUGGAGACCGCACGAAAGAGUCUGAUUCAGAAGGACAAGGGUUACAGCAAAGAAAAAUUGGAUGCUCUAUCGUUGGUGGGUUUGAGCAUGAGACUGUUGAACGGUCCGGCGAGCGCAGACAGGAGAUUGAUAAUCAGAUGUGCUCUAGCUUGUGCCAGCCAGUUGACAGACACGUUCAAAGAAGAGGACAUGGUCAAGCUGAGAUUUUUGUUAGACAACUACGACAUCGUUGCGGAGCUGUACAACAUUGUAACAGAGAUCUGCGAUUAUUCUAUCCUGCUCUACCAUCAGAACAUAAUCCCAGCUUACUUCUCGUUCGUGGUGGACAGUAAUCUCAGUACAAACCACGUGGUUCAUCUGCUGAACGCGUUUAACAGUACCGUCAACGAACAGGAAGGACUGAAUUUAAAACAGAAGAGGAUCGCACAGUUCAAGGAGAUGCUGACUAAGAAUAUUUUGGAACCCGUUUGCCACGAGAUCGAGACCAAUCUCAGGCUUCACGUUCACGCGCAUUUGAAGCUAGAUUCAAACAAUCCGUUCAAUAUCGGUGCGAAGGACGGUGGGAGGAUGGUGCGAUCGUUGCCACUGCCUUUAGCUAGCAGUAUGAUUUACGCGAAGAGAUUCAUAGAACAUUAUCUGGACGACAUGUUCUACAAUUUAACCACGGUGGCUCUCCACGAUUGGAGGACGUACCGAAUGAUGCACGCUUUGGCUCAUUAUAAAUUGAACUUGGACACCGUGCAAAAUCAUUUGCCCGCGCAAACGUUGGAGCAAGGUCUGGACGCGCUCGAGAUAAUGAGGAACAUCCACGUGUUCGUGUCCAGAUAUUUGUACAACUUGAACACUCAGACGUUCAUCGAGCAUGUUAGUAAUAAUAAACAUUUAAACACGAUCGGGAUAAGGCAUAUUGCGAAUUCGAUAAGGACUCACGGGACCGGGAUCAUGAGCACUACAGUUAAUUUCGUAUAUCAAUUUUUACGUGUGAAGCUACAUACGUUCUCGCAAUUCUUGUUCGACGAGCACAUCAAGUCGAGGCUGAUGCGGGACAUCAGGUUCGUAAAGGUUCAGCGUGAGAACGGCGCGACGCCGUACACAUACGAAAGAGCGGAGAGGUUUCAGAAGGGGAUCAGAAAGUUAGGCAUGACUCCGAACGGUCUGAGCUACCUGGAUCAAUUCCGGCAAUUGAUCACUCAGAUCGGAAACGCGUUGGGAUACGUCCGACUGAUCCGAUCCGGUGGAUUGCACGCGAGUUCUAACGCGAUCUCGUUCCUCCCGAAUAUCAACUCCUCGGUGCCGUUCGAAUUGAUGUGCAAGAACUUGAAUUACAGCGAGACCACGCAGACGGCUGCGAAGUGUCUCGAGAACGACAUCGCGAAUCUCGUUAGGAAUUUCACGGAGGGUAUAGAAUACUUCAAACUCCUCGUGGACGUAUUCGCGUCCGCGUUUCGGGACACCGAGUCCCAUCAUUUGCAACAGUUUUACGUGAUCGUGCCGCCGCUGACGCUCAGCUUCGUGGACAAUUCGAUAUCGAAUAAAGAGAAGAUGCUUAAGAAAAAUCAAACGGGCGCGGCGUUCACCGACGACGGUUUCGCGAUGGGGAUAGCAUAUAUCAAUGCUCUUUUGGAUCAAUCUUCGGAGCUGGACAGUCUGCACUGGUUCAAGACGGUAGAUCAGCACAUAAAUAAUGAGAAGGAGGCCGCGGAAGGUAAAAACGACCACGGGGACGAGAAGCUGCAACAAACAAGGGCUUUAACGUUGAAACGCUUAGAGGAGAGGAGCGCCGAGUUUCAAUUACUGUAUUACAGUCUGUCCGGCGCUAGAGUGUUCUUUAAACAGGCUGAUACGUAAUACUGGGAUCAUGAAAUUCGAU